GCCAUCAGAUAAAGUCUGAGAUGGACUUGUGCCAAAACAAAUUCAAAUUAGAGGAAGGUUCCCAUAAUUCCUUGUAAAGCUGAUUAAUAUAUGUAAACAAUAUGAUGAGGCGUUCCCUUAGAACUUCUGAGUGUACAUGUAUAAAAGACACUCCUGCACAAUCUUUCUCACUCUAGUAAUUUACAAGAACUUCAGUUGUGCCAGGUUACUUUGGGAGGACGAGAUUCUCUGCAAGCAGCUGUAAAAAUGAAACAUCACAUAUUUUACCUGCUGGGAGUGAUUACAGUGGCUGGUUUCACUGAUGCAUCUUUAAGAGCCAAAAACCUCGCUCUCUAUGGAAAAGCCACACAGUCAUCCUUGGUUAAUAAUUCCUAUGCGGCAUUCAGUCACGCCUACAAUGCUAUAGAUGGAAAUAGUGAAUCAAACUACAACCGUGGUUCUUGCACCGCCACUGAGGCACAGCAGAACCCCUGGUGGAGGGUGGACCUUCUGGGUGAGUACACAGUGACCUCUGUCACCAUCUAUAACAGAGGAGACUGCUGUGCAGAGAGGAUCAACGGAGCUGAGAUACACAUCGGAAACUCUUUAGCCAACAAUGGAAACAACAACACCAGGGUUGGGGUGAUCUCUAGCAUCCCUGCAGGAAAAUCCAGCACCUUGAUCUUGAAAGGCUUCUCAGGUCGUUACGUCAACGUGAUCAUCCCUGGAAAUAACCGGAUCCUGACUCUCUGUGAGGUCGAGGUCUAUGGCUAUCCCACUCCAUCUGGACAAAGCAUAGCGCUGAAAGGAACAGCUACACAGUCCAGCCUUUAUGAUCGUGGUUUUCCUUCCAACGCCAUUGAUGGGAACCGAGAUGGUGUGUACUAUCGCGGCUCCUGCACACACACUGAAAAAAACCUCGGCCCUUGGUGGAGACUGGACCUGCUGAAACAGCACAAAGUGUUCACCAUCAGCGUCACUAACAGGCAGGAUGCUGUUUCUGACAGGCUGAAUGGAGCUGAAAUCAGAAUCGGAGACAGUCUGGGCAACAACGGCAACAAUAACCCGAGGUGUGGAGUGAUCAGCACUAAGAACAAAGUGCCGACCUUUACCUUUGACUGUAAAGGGAUGGAGGGACGGUACGUCAACAUUGUGAUUCCAGGAAGAUGGGAGUUCCUCACUCUGUGUGAGGUGGAGGUGUACGGAGUUCCUCUGAUCAAAAUGAACCUUCACACGUUUUACCUGCUGGCAGUUUUUACAGCAGCUGCUUCCACUGAUGCAUCUAUGAAAGCCAAAAACCUCGCUCUCUAUGGAAAAGCCACACAGUCAAGUUUGAUUGGAAACCCCUGGGGGGCAUUAGGCCACGCUUACAACGCUAUAGAUGGAAAUACUGACUCAAAUUACAACCACGGGUCGUGCACCGCCACCGAGACGCAACAAAACCCCUGGUGGAGGGUGGACCUUCUGGACGAGUACACAGUGAUCUCCAUCACCAUCACUAACAGAGCAGACUGCUGUCCAGAGAGGAUCAACGGAGCUGAGAUACACAUCGGAAACUCUUUACUCGAUGAUGGAAACAGCAACCCACUGGCUGGGGUGAUCUCUGGCAUCCCUGCAGGAUUUUCCAAGAUCUUCAAAUUUGAGAGAGGCAUCCCAGGUCGUUACAUUAACGUGUUCCUCCCCGGAAAGAACCUGUCGCUGAUGCUCUGUGAGGUAGAGGUCUUUGGCUACCCCACUCCGCAUGGAGAGAAUGUAGCACUGGAAGGAACAGCUACACAGUCCAGCCUUUAUUCAUAUUAUUUUGCAUCUAAUGCUAUUGAUGGAAACCGAGAUGGUAUAGUGCCUCGCGGUUCCUGCUCUAUGGUUAACAAUGACCUCAGUCCAUGGUGGAAGCUGGACCUGCUGAAACGACACAAAGUGUUUUCCGUCAUCGUCACCAACAGGCAAGAUGCUGCUCCUGAAAGGCUGCUUGGAGCUGAAAUCAGGAUUGGAGACACUCUGGACAACAACGGCAACAACAACCCAAUUUGUGCAGUGAUCAACUCCGUCACUGGAGAUCCUACCAAGUCCUAUGAAUGUAACGGGAUGGAUGGACGGUAUGUCAACAUUGUGAUCCCAGGAAGGAACGAGUAUCUCACUCUGUGUGAGGUGGAGGUUUACGGAGUUCCUCUGAUCUGAAGAACCUCUUGGCCUUCAUGAUUACAGUGUGAGGCUGAUCAGUUUUAUUUCUCUGGUGGUUGUUGGCCAUGACUGUACCCUGACAGAAAUGAAAUAGAAUUUGGAUUAAAAUGAAAUUUAAGUCGGCAGUGAUUGAAGGGGUCACUGGAAUGUGUAAUAAAAACUUUCAUGGGCUAAAUUUACAACCCUGAAAGUAGCAA